UGUAUUUUCGAUAUUAUUUUUAUGCUUAUGAACAAGAGAAACAUAUUUCGCCGAUCUUUAGGUUUCGUUGCGAGGAAAUUUAGAAUCUUCCAGGAGGUAUGGCUGAUACCGCUGUGGGGAGAUGGAAGAAUAGCCAGCGUUCCGCUGUGGGCCUUGGACACGGCGGUGCUAGUGGUCAAGCUGUGGUCUGCGGGGCUGUCAGCGGUCUUCAAAGUGCUCAUACCACCGGCGAUGAGGAGCUUGCACGGAGAGACUGUCUUGAUAACAGGCGCCGGAGGUGGUAUAGGUCGAGAGCUGGCGUUGCAGUUCGCAGAGCUGGGUGCAACUGUGAUCUGCUGGGAUAGCGACAGCAGACGAAAUAACGCCGUCGUAGACGAGAUAAGGAGUAAAGAUGGUGAUUGUUACGGGUUCACCGUGGACGUCACAGCACGGCACCAAGUACUGGCAAUGGCGACGAGGAUGCGUUGUCAGCUGGUGGACGUGUCGAUGGUGGUGAGCAACGCCGGAGCGCUCGCGUACGGACCGCUACUGCACCUCAAGCCGGAGACAGUCGCUAAGCUCAUCGAAGUUAACUUUAUGGCGCAUUUUUGGGUAAUACAAGCGUUCCUGCCGAGCAUGAUCGAGCGGCGGUGCGGGCACAUCGUGGCUGUCAACUCCAGCGCCGGCCUCGGACCUAGACCUGACUGCGUCACCUACAGCGCCACUAAGCACGGGCUUAGAGGUCUAAUGGAUUCGAUAAGCGAAGAGCUACGUCUGAACACCUGGACGAAGGACAUACACACCACUUCGGUGUAUUUGUCGUCUGUCUCGACCGGCCUCUACCCGCCGCCGUCGCAUCGCUUCACCUCGCUCUACUCGGAGAUCACGCCCAAAGACGCCGCCAGGAUCAUCAUAGAAGGUGUUCGAAAGAAUCACAAAUGCAUCUGCGUGCCAAAGCUUCUGAAAAUUCUCAACGACCUAAACAACCUUUUGCCUCAUAGAAUAAGGAUCAUAUUUACAGAUUUCUUCAACUUCAGACAUCGAGCCUGGUUCUGUUAUUGUUAAAGCUAUUUUAUGUGCAUUUUAGAACAGAGAUGUUUUUAACAGAGAGAUUUUUAGAUUAAAUGAUGUUUAAGAUUAA